CGACACCAAGUCCCAAUUACACCAAACCACCACAAUGCGCGCCUUAUCCCGCCUCUUAAUGGCUACGCCCUCAACUAUGGGCUCCAAAUCUAGCCUCAGCGAAGCUCUCGCCCUCCUCCCUCCUCUCCAACUCUACCGUCGCAUCCUCCGCGUCCACCGCAAGAAACUCGACCCCGAGAUGCGCAUCCUCGGCGACUCCUACCUGAAGAGCGAGUUUAGGGCUCAUAGGAAUGUGGAGAAUCCGUUGCAUAUUAUCGGCUUCUUGACGGAGUGGCAAUUAUAUGCCCAGAAGUUGGAGGGUGAUACCUGGGUUGGGGAGAAGUUGGAUAAGGAUAAAUUGGAUAAGAUGAGUGACCAGCAAAUCGGCCAAUUAUACGAACUCAUGAACGCUAUCAAGAACACGGAGGGCGAGGGCGAGGGCGAGGGUGAGCAGAAAUGAGUGAAUGAGGUUGUUUCCAUGAUACUACUCUAUGAUUAUCGAAUUAUCUUGUCCAUUGCAGUCCCCCAUGUUAGAGGGUAUAUUGGGAUAUGGUCCGACGCUGAUAGACCAUUCCCAACCCUUUCAGUGUCUUGGAUAGGAAGGGCACCAUGCUGGAUAUUAUAUGGUCCGGAUAAGGACGUGCUAGACAUGCAGUCAACGACACAGGGUCCUGGUGUAUAAUAGAAUGUACUAUAUUAUAUUGUUGGCAGCAUAUACAUACAUAUAUCUAUUCCCUCGAUAAAUAGAAUCCAUGUAAGGGUUACUAUUACUGUAUCUGGAACAGUACUAAUAUACAGUUACACAUGCAUAAAUCAUGCAUUGGCAUAUGCAUAUAUCAAUAACAUACAAUCAACCAAAAAUAAACCAAGAAAUGAAAAAUACAUGCAUCCGGCUAUUCUUAAACCCCCACCAAUCAACACCAUAUCCGGCUCACGCCCUUCCCAAAACAAAACAAGCACCAUAAAAAAAAUGGAAUCAAUGACUAAUCAUACGAUAAGAUCCAGUUAAACUUUUAUAUACCCCAGAAAAGCAAUCUACAACAUCCUUCAAUUCCCCCAGAACUUAUCCCAGAAACCCAUCCUAGUAAAUUCCCCCUCCCAACCCCCCAAACUACACAAGAACCAAAACCAAACCAAACAAGAAAACAAAAUCAAAAAGAAAC